AUGUGUGCAGUGCAAACAUAUUUGUUAAGCACGCUGUUAGUUGCAACAGCCUUAGCCCAACAGCAACAAUGGAGCCCUUUCUUACCCCAAUACCAAAGUCAAGACCUCUUAGCGGCACAGUCACAGGAUCACCAGUUUCAACUUAGUGAUUAUUCAAGCAGCUACGGCGGUUCCGAAGGAGGGCACGAUUUUGGCUCUCAUGGCCUAGACAGUCACGGCUUAGAAGGCCAUGGAUUCGGAGGUCACGAAUUCAAAGCCCACUCGUACCCAGUCCACCAACACAUUGAGGAAGAGAACCCAGAACCCAUAAAACAUUACAAAGAGAUCGUCGUCCCAGUACCCAAGAAUGUAGAGUUCAAAAUCAAUCAACCCAUAUUAAUUCCCGUUCCCCACCCUGUACCAAUCCAGGUGCCUGUCCCCAAAGCCGUGGUUAUCCCUAUCAUCAAAGAGGUUUCCAUCCCCGUUGAAAAAUCUGUACCCUACCCGGUUGAAAAACAAGUACAUGUACCGAAAAUCAAGGAAGUGCCUUUUGAAGUCAUCAAACAUAUAAUUGUACCAGUAGAAAAACCUGUGCCUUUCAAAGUACCAGUAUACGAAACCAUCAUUCAUACAAAGAAAGGAUCGCAUAAGAUCUAA